AUGGGAAAUUCUGCGUGCACCUGUAAACGUUGCUGUCCGUGUUGCCCACUGAAGAAUGAAGAGCGGCCCCUCAGCCGCAAAAGAGUCUUCAAGUCGAUCUACGACUAUCCCUCACGCACAAUAUGGGAUCUAAAUCUGAAGAAAGGAGAUAUUCUGGAGGUGACAGGAGAGAAUGAGCACUGGUUGUAUGUGAGGAGACGCACAGCUAAGGGUAACGGAUCUAAGGGCUUUGUGGAGGAAAAGGGAUAUGUGCCUAAAGACUUCAUCAAACCGCUGGAGAGCAUAGAGGCCGAGCCAUGGUAUUUUGAGAGUGUUAAAACACGUAUAGAGGCCAAGAGAUGUCUGCUGAGACCAGAGAACAAAGAGGGUGCGUUUCUCAUCUGGAAGUGUGAGGAGAAUAAUCAAUGUUACUUAUCAGUGAGGAACGGCCUUCAUGCACGGCAUUACAGGGUCAAGCAGGGAGAAAACGAGAAGCACUUCUUCCUUGUUCAUCACACAACCUUCCAGAGCUUGCGUGAGCUGAUAGAGUUUUACUCUAAAAACGAGGGCGGACUCUGCGCGAAGCUUCACGAACCCUGUGUGAAGCUGGACCAGCCAGCUCCUCUGACUCUGUCAUUUGAAACCAAAUGGGAGGUAGAGAGAAGCUCACUUACCAAAAUAAAGAAGCUGGGCAGCGGGGAGUUUGCGGAGGUCUGGCAGGGGCUCUGGAACAACACCACAGAGGUGGCCAUCAAAGAGUUCAGAGAUGUCAACUAUUCAAAUAUCAAAACAGAGAUUGAUAUCAUGAAAGAGCUGCAUCACGAGCGUUUGCUGAAGCUCUACGCUGUGUGUACCAAUAGUCAACCCAUGUGUUUAGUCACAGAGCUCAUGAAAAAUGGCAGUUUAAAGAAAUUUCUCAUCAGCCACAAAGAGAAACAAGACCUGGAGUUUUCACUCAUGAUGGAUUUUGCUGUGCAGAUUACAGAAGGAAUGAUGUACAUUGAGAAUAAAAUAGUUCACCGCGAUCUGAGAGCCGAGAACAUUCUACUUACCGACAUGCAAUGCUGCAAAAUAGCCGAUUUUGGACUCGCUGAAAUUAAUCUCGCUGGAAGCCACAGAAUUUCAUCAGAUAUAAAGGUCCCAGUGAAAUGGAUGGCCCCUGAGAUAUUUGACAACAAGGCUUACACAAGCAAGAGCGACGUCUGGUCUUUCGGCAUCCUUUUAACUGAAAUCGUGACGUAUGGAGAUGACCCAUACCCUGGUAUGGACAAAAUGACAUGCGUUCGGUCCAUUCAGGGAGGAGAGCGGAUGGAGAGACCGGCUGGCUGUCCCGAAGCACUCUAUGACAUUAUGCUGCUGUGCUGGAGGUCAAACCCUGAGGAGAGACCAACAUUUACGGAGCUACGGGAGAAGCUGAUGGCUCUCAUAAAUGAGCCUGAUUCUGAACUGGAGUAGAUACUGUAGAAAUGAGAGUACUGGGAUGCUUUUGAGCUUAGAUUAUACAUAUCCAACACAUAUACGAUCACUUAUAGUUUACAGAGGUAACAGGACAUAUCUACUGAAAUUAAUGC